UCGAUUUGUUUCUGCUGCUAAGUAAGGGUUACAGUUAGAAAGUUAGAAUAACCUUUGAAAUUGACAUUUUCCAUACUAGUGAGAAAGAAAUAAAGUAAUAUUGUUAAGGUGAAAUUUAAAUUUAAAAUGGCAAAAGUUGUCGCGGAGGUUUUAAAAGAGACAACUGGUCUUACUGGACUGAAGGUGUCAAGGAAUCCCAUCCAUGAGUUGACUGUUCUCUAUGGAAAGACUCUGAGAGUGCUUCAGAAAAUGCCAGAUAAUGCAGCAUACAAGAAGUAUACUCAGGAAGUCGUCUCUCACCGUGCCAACAUUGUAAAGAGUGCCAAGUCAGUGGCGGAGAUAGAGGCAGGGAUCAACAGUGGUCAGAUAGAGGAGGUGAUCAUACAGGCUGAGAAUGAGCUCAACUUGAGCCGCAAAAUGUUAACCUGGAGACCGUGGGAGCCGCUGGCUAAACCUCCCCCUCCCAACCAGUGGACGUGGCCUCCAGUCAAGUAAAUCCUUUUUAACUGUAUAGUAUAGCUACCUGCCAUUCAUAAAUUGGUUGUUGUUUCUGUUCAAUAAAUAAAUAGUGAAUCAUU